GCGCCACCGAUUCCACCGGGAAUCUCCCGACCUAAUCGGAAGAAAAGGCCUCGCUUGUGUGUGGGCCUGUGUGAKCACUGGGGGCCAGGUGCUUGACAGUCACCCUGCUUGAAAGAGCUGAGAUGAGUUUGAAAUCUGGACUGUCUUGGAUUGUCUGAGGCACUGCAUCUGUGAAUGUCUGCACGCCCUUGGGCUUCCAUCUCUCCCACCGUGGCACCUUGCACAUCUGGAUGAAGCUGUUGUUCAGUUUUGCUUUGCAAAGCAAGUUUCUGCAGAAGAAGAAGAAGAAGGGAUUKCAUUUCCCAAGAAGGUGUUGAGGCACACAUCACAUCGAGAACUGCUGUUAGAUGUCCCCAUGUUCUCUCCCAGGACAUGUCAUCCCACAGCUGUUCCCUCCUUGUGACAGCCACAUCCUGCAGAAGGGGACCUGACUAAUUCCUGCCCAGUCUGGAGAUCGGUGUGCUCCCAUCUGCCAUCCUGAGUUUUCUCUUUGCGAGUGUGAAACAAAUGGGAGCUCGAGGUGCUCUGUCCCGGAAGCAAAUGACUGAUGCCAGCCAUGUCCCSAGCUGAGUGGGUCCCACAGCCCCCUGCCUCCAGGGCCUGUGCCAGUAGCCACAUUGGGAUUUGCUGAGCCACAGGGUUCAUGUUGAGUGUGUUGUGUUUUAAGGUUCUGAGGAAAAUGCAGAGGCGGCACAGCAGCAACACUGACACCGUGCCUCCUGAAAGAAACCGGAGCCAGACGGUCAGUUCUGAAACCAGCGUGGAUGAAAGCGGYGUUUUUGAAAGCCUGAAGGCUGAAGCCUCCUCUCCACAGCAGCUGUUCUCGGGGCUGGCCGGGAUCCCCUCGGGCACCAUCACWGCCACGCCCUUCCAGUCGGGGCUGGUGCUGGGCUCUUCAGCAGGAGGUGGGGAAGUGUUCAUCCAGAUGCCAGCCCCGAGGGAGGAGGGGGCCAGYCGAGCUGAGGGAGCCCCGUUUCACCACCGGCAGCCAUCCCAUCACUUCCACCACGGCCACCACCGGGGCUCCUCUCUGCUGCACAUGGCAGGGGGGGACCGGCACGGACACGCUGAGGAGGGUUCUGAGGAACAGGCUGGAACUCCAGCCCCAGCUCUUUCUGAGCUAAAAGCUGUGAUUGGUUGGCUGCAGAAGGGACUUCCCUUCAUCUUGAUCCUCCUGGCUAAAGUUUGUUUCCAGCACAAGCUUGGAAUUGCUGUGUGCAUUGGCAUGGCCAGCACCUUUGCCUACGCCAACUCCACGCUCCGAGAGCAGGUGGCUCUGAAGGAGAAGAGAUCAGUGCUGGUUGUUUUCUGGAUCCUGGCCUUUCUCACUGGAAACACCCUGUACUUGCUUUACACMUUCAGCUCUCAGCAGCUCUACAACAGCCUUAUAUUCCUGAAACCCAACYUGGACAGGCUGGACUUCUUUGACCUCAUGUGGAUCGUGGGCAUYGCUGACUUUGUGCUGAAGUACCUCACCAUUGCCCUGAAAUGUCUCGUUGUGGCCCUGCCCAAGAUCAUYCUCGCUGUCAAGUCAAAGGGGAAGUUUUAUCUGAUUAUCGAGGAGCUGAGCCAGCUGUUCCGCUCGCUUGUGCCCAUCCAGCUSUGGUACAAAUACAUCAUGGGAGACGAUCCAUCCAGCAGCUACUUCCUGGGUGGCAUCCUCAUCAUCAUGUACAGCCUGUGCAAGUCUUUUGACAUCUGUGGCCGUGUGGGAAGUGUGAGGAAGGCGCUGAAGGUGCUUUGCACUCCCCAGAACUAUGGAGUCCGUGCCACCAGCCAGCAGUGCAGUGAGGCAGGAGACAUCUGUGCCAUUUGCCAGGCUGAGUUCAGGGAACCUUUGAUCCUCAUGUGCCAGCACGUGUUCUGCGAGGAGUGCCUGUGCCUGUGGUUUGACCGGGAGAAGACGUGUCCGCUGUGCCGCUCGGUCACCGUGGAGACGCUGCGCUGCUGGAAGGACGGCACCACCUCCGCCCACUUCCAGGUCUACUGACACCGGGCACGGAGCAGGAGCGGCUGGAAACCCCAGCACCCCGUGCCCCUGUGCUUUGGUUGCCAGUCUUUCCUCCAGAACGAUUGUGACUGGCCAGAAACUUUAUCCUCAAGGGCAGGGAAGGUGUGGGUUGUGUUGUGGCAAACUCCAGGAUUUUUUUGGAGCUUGCAUGGUUGUGCAGUGUCUGGGAUGUUCUCAUUUUCCUGUCCUUUUAGUGGGACAAGCACUGCAUGUCCAGGGCAGGGGACUUGUGACUGCAUGUGCUGAACAAAGCUGCCCUCUGGCUCUGGCUCUGCAUUCCCUGAAUCCAUAACUUUAAUAAAUAAAUAAAUAAUAACUAGAACUACCCAGCACCUCUCCUGGAGAACUCUUCCCAAGCAGUGCUUUCAGAACCUCAUGUCCAAAGUUGUAAUUGUAAAAAUGRCAUUUCCCAGCUGCCCUGGUUUUUYUCCAAUYGA